AUGGCCGACGACUCUACGCCUAACACGUUCUACGCUCUCGUAACCGGCGCAAACAGUGGCUUAGGCUUCGCAAUAUGCACCCGCCUCAUCGAUGAGUUCCUGCAGACACGCCCCCAAUCUCAGACCCUCCAUCUGAUCCUCACGACGCGCUCGCGGCAAAAGUGCGGCGAUUCCAUAUCGCGCUUGGAACACCACCUGGAGAAAACAUAUCGUGACAUUGAGCGCAAACUUCCCGGGGCCCGGCUUCUCCUGCCACGCCGCGUCCGUUUUCAGGGCGAGAUAUGCGACCUCACUUCCAUCCUGUCCGUUCAGCGCCUGUGCCAGAAGCUGCUGGGAACACAGGUGGCCGGCGGAAUAGAGAAGCUCGAUGUUCUGAUACUCAAUGCCGGAAUCGGCGGGUGGAUAGGCGUCAAUUGGGGGAACGCGAUAUGGACGAUAUUGACGGAUUGGGUACAUGCAACCACGUGGCCGACACUGAAGAGGAGUGCAGUCGGUUGGGUUGUGAAGCCGCAGCUACCACUUACUGCCCGGGCUGCGAACGGAAAGGUCAAUGGAAAGAGUCACGGUGCCGAGAGUGAUGCGGCAGAGAGCCGUGAGACUAGGGAGAAAGAACCGCCGCUCGGCGAGGUCUUCGCAGCGAAUGUGUUCGGCCACUACCUACUGGCGCACUAUCUCGCACCUCUGCUUUCGGCCUCGUCGAGGGCGCCGGACCGAAGGGGCAGGAUCAUCUGGUUAUCGAGUCUCGAGGCCUAUGCCCACAGCCUCCGCCUUGAUGACUUUCAGGGGCUGAGACACGAUCUCGCCUACGAGUCUUCCAAGCGCCUUACAGAUGUCUUGGCCUUGACGUCCGAGAUGCCGAGCUCAUCGCCGUGGGUCGACCAACAUCUUUCUUGCGAGAGGUUUACCAGUGCCAGUCAGGCUGCGGGUGAAAGGUAUAGCCCAGAAUUAGUGAAGCCCAAGAUCUACGUCGCGCAUCCCGGCAUCUGCUCCACAGGAAUUUUUCCUCUCCCCUGGAUCCUCGGCCUCUUUAUGACAGCUUCCUUUUACGUAGCCCGCUGGCUAGGCAGCCCGUGGCACACGUGUUUGCCUUACCAAGGCGCUUGUGCGCCGGUCUGGUUGGCGCUUGCGGCGCAGAGCACGUUAGACAGCAUAGAGGAGAGGGGGGGUAAGGGGAAAUGGGGCAGCGCGACGGACUGGCGGGGCAGAGACCGCGUGGCGAGGACGGAGGUUGAAGGGUGGGGCUGGGGAGGGAGGGUUGGCGAAGAAGUGAAGAGAGGAAGGUGGAGGUAUGCGAAGGAUCUGACUGAGGAAAGUAAGGUUGAGUUUGAGGAGCUGGGAAGGGCUUGUUGGAAGGAGAUGGAAGGGCUACGAGAGGAGUGGGAGGAGAGGCUGCAGGACGCAGGGGUCAGGUAG